UGACAGCCGUUUUGCGUCUUCAGCCAGUUCUCUCAUUUACUGAGCAUUCCCGUGAAAAGAAAUUGAAAGAAAAAUGAAGUUUUCUCAAUCUCUCACGGGCAGCGGCAUCGCUGUCCUUUCCCUCUUCUUCAACCUGAGCGUUGCUCUUGACCCCAACUGCGCACCCGGUGGAAACUUUGACCUAUCCAAAUGGACCCUACAACUUCCCACCGGCUCCCCAGGCAAGCCAGAUAGCAUUCCCGGCUCGAAACUCCAAGGCUGCAGUGGCUACCACAGCGACGUCUUCCUCACCGACAAGAGCACCGGUGCCAUGGUGAUGAAGGUAUCCGGGUCCCCAUCGUCGACCGGUUGUGUCACGACGCCCAACAGCAAGCACUGCCGGACCGAGCUGCGCGAGUCAAGCCCGCGCAGCUUCGACCCCACGAGCCCCGUGAACCGCCUCGCCGCCGACGUCAAAGUCACCAAGCACGGCGGCGAGAUCUGCAUCGGGCAGAUCCACAUCGACGACUCCAUCUCCACCAAGCCCGUCGCGGAGCUGUACUACAACGCCAAGGGCGACCUCAACAUGGGCGUCCAGCAGUGCCGCACCUGCACGCAGAAGAGGACGUACAUCGACAACGUGCCCAGUGGUCAGCGUCUCACCUAUGAGAUUCGCUACGAGGGAGGGAAGCUGUCCGUGAGCAUCAACGGCAAAGGGUUCAAGGCCCUAUCUCAAUAUGACCUCAACAACCCCAAGAGUUACUUCAAGGCGGGCAAUUAUAAUCAGGGUGAGGGAGCAACGGAGAUACAAUUCUUCAAGCUCACAACAACACACGGGUGAGGUCGGGGCCAUGGGGUGCACGAGGCUUGCCGAACUUGCUACCCGAACUUUCACUUGCGUUUUGCUUGGUUUGUUGCGCGAAAAUUGUUCAUGUUGCUAGGACAAAAGCUCCUGAGGGAGGAGACAUGCCCAAAAAGCACACGUGCAUUGGUAGCGAGGACUCGUAAUGCCAAUUCAUAGACCCUGUCAGCCAUCGCUUGUGUUUCAAUUACCCACAGGUUUUCAUAGGUGACCUGAGCACGCCAUCACCCACGGCGACAUUCAUGGGUUCAUAUCGUAUCACUUAGUAGUAGAGCUUCUCUUUCACGAGCC